AUGCCCGGGUUGCCCCCGCGCGCUGCAAAGCAGAUGCGCUCGAGCCGCGGAUUUAGAAGGACGGACCCUGGUGGCGGCGCCAGGUGGGCGCGAAGUGAAACGCAGCCGGCCUUUGCGGCGGCGCCGGUAGAAACCUUAGACUCUGCUAGGUCCCAGCAUGAGGCUUGCGCCAUCUGCUUGGAGGCCCUGGAUGACUGUAGCUUUAACCACCCCUGCGGCCAGGGACAUAGACUGCACUACGACUGCACGCUGCACUUCCUCUCCUCCGCGCUGUCUCUGCCGCUUUCGGACGAGAGCCCCGGCCCCUUGCUGCGCCAAGAGGCUCGCGAGCUGGGCCGAGGCUUUCAGGCGGUGGCGGUCUUGUUCGAGGCGAUGUCGCGAAUGCCCUCAGAGACCCGGCUCCGCUUGUGCUGCCCGUUGUGCCGCUGCGACUGGCCCCAGGAGAAGCAGCGGCUGACGGAGCUCGCGGGCCAGUUGCGUCAGAGCCGCAUCAAACAGGUGGCCAGUCGUUUGGGGAAGUUGGAGGAGGCGUACCGACAAGUGCAGCUGCGGUAUGAGCAGCGGCCGGCGGUGCAGUCCCACCUCCUCGGCUCUGCGCUGGGCAUCCUGGAGAAGAACCUGCACGUCGCUAGCACCUUCUUCAGCUACAGUGGCCCGGCGGUGACCUGCAUCUUGGAAUUCCUGGAAGCGCCGGCCGUCACCCAUUUGUCUUUGUGCUCAGCGGCGACCCGCCAGCACUGCUGGGAGGGGGCCCGGCUGUGUGCGCCCCACAUCAAGAUCCCGGUGGUGCGCUGGGCCCGGCGCUUGAGCGCCCAAAGGGCGCGGAGUUUGCUGGUGGAUCCUUCCCUGGCCACCAUUGGGAAGUUGACCUCCGGCCUGGACGUGCUAAGCUUUGGGAGCUGGCUGCAGGCAGCUGAGCAGCUGCAGGAGAUCAGCAUGGUGGCGGCGGACUGGGAGAGGCUGGACCCUGGCGCCAGCUGCCUGGCCCGGACCUUGCCCAGGAACCUCCAGAUCUUGGACUUAUCCCAGAACGGGCUCACGGAUGAAAGCGUCAUGAACCUGGCCCUGAAGUUGGGAGGCCGGCUGCAGACCUUGACGCUGGAGCUGAACCACAUCACGGCCAAAGGCUUUGGAGCGCUGUUGACGUUGGCGAAGGACGCUGCGGGCUGUAUCCGGAGCUGGGGCUUCAGACACAACCAGCUGAGGGAUGAGUCCUGCAGACUUUUGGCCACGCGCCUGGACCCAGAGGCUCUGGGCGCCCGUGGGCGCCUAGAGUGCUGGGACCUCCGCACCAACGGCAUUGGAGUGGAGGGCUGCAAGUGGCUGGCGCCACUGGUGGGUCACAUGGUCGUGGCCAGACUGGGCUGCAACCCUUUGGGCGACAAAGGAGGAGAGCUGCUGGCGAAUGGCCUGGGCCAGAAACUCCAGGUCCUGGACCUCCGCCAGGCGCAGCUGGGUGAGGCGGCCACGCUGGCGCUGGGCCGCCGGCUCCGCGAGGCGCAGAGCCUCCAGGAGCUGCUGCUCUCGGGGAACCAGAUCGGAGCUUCGGGCGCCCACGCGCUGGCAGAGGGCUGGGCAUGGAUCUCCACGCUGCGCUAUGUGGACCUUGCCGGCAAUCCCAUCGGCGCGGAGGGCGUGGACCUUCUCUCGGACGAGAUGCCCUUCUGGCAGCAGGCUCCAUUCCGCUUGUCCUUGGCCAGCACGGGCUGCGAAGAGCAGAGCGCCCGAAAGAUGGCAGCGGUGUUGCACAAGAACCCCCGGCGGAACCGCGGCUGGACCAUCGAGCUACAAAACAACUCCCUGAGUAGCGGCAUCCUCGUGGAAAUCGCUCGGCUCCUGGAGGAAAGCCUGCCCGGCUUUACGCCACGGUUCCGGUGA